AUCCCCAAGUAGUCGGUUGAGGUUCAGUUACAAAGAAAAAAAACGUUUAUUUUCGCUAUAUCAAAAUUAUAAUUUGACCACUAGGAUACAAUUUAAUAAGCAAUGAUUAAUUUUGACCAUGCCAGGUUGUUUUAUUAUACAAAAGUUUAAAUUUUAAGUCAUUUUUAUUCAUCAUUUGUUUUAAACAUAAAAAAUGAUGCCGAAUAUUAAGAUUUUCUUGAUAGUUAUUCUUUUCUCAUUUUCUAAAGCGAAUUGGUGGUACUUAGGAUUACAAAAUUACCCGCCUAAAGAGUACAAUCCAUUACUAAGUCACAAAGAAAAUUGUUACCGCUACAACUUUUUAAAGAAUAGACAACAGCAAUUAUGUGAUCUCGGCGAAAAAAUAAUGAGUGUUGUUAGUAGCGGGACAAAAAUGGCCAUUGAAGAAUGUCAGCAUCAGUUUGGCUCUCAACGAUGGAAUUGUACAACUUAUUUAAACAACACAUCCGUGUUUGGUAAUGUAAUGAUGUAUCGAAGUAGAGAAAAGGCAUACGUUAAUGCCAUUACAGCUGCAGGAGUAGCAUAUGCAAUAACCAAAGCUUGUUCCAGAGGUGAACUUAAUGAGUGUAGUUGUGACAACAGAAUUAAGAAAUCUCAGACUCAGAAAAAUUGGCAAUGGGGCGGAUGUUCAGAGGAUAUUCAUUUUGGCGAAAAAUUCAGUCGAGAUUUUGUUGAUUCAAUUGAAGACACGGAUAACGUACAUGGAUUAAUGAAUGUGCACAAUAAUGAAGCAGGAAGAAGGAUUAUUCGUUCAAGUAUGCAGAAAGUGUGCAAAUGUCAUGGAAUGUCGGGUUCUUGUAGUGUGAGAAUAUGUUGGAUGAGACUUUCAUCAUUCCGCGACAUUGGCGACACGUUGAUGGUUCGAUACGAAGGAGCGUCUCAUGUUCGUUUAGGAGAAAAAAAGCGAAAGAAAAUAAAAAAAUUACGACCUAUCAGAAUGGAUAGAAAAAUGCCAAAUAAAACUGAACUGGUUUAUUUAGACUCCUCUCCAGAUUAUUGCGAACAUAACGAAUCAAUGAGUUUAAUGGGAACUUACGAUAGAGUAUGUCAAGGCUUAGAUGGUUGUAGACAUCUUUGUUGUCACAGAGGAUUCCAAAUUAGACUACGAGAUGUCGAAGAAAAAUGUAAAUGCAAAUUUAUUUGGUGUUGCAAUGUGGUAUGCGAAGUGUGUAAAUUUAAAAAAGAAGAAUAUAUUUGUAAUUAGUUACUUUUCUUUUUUUAUCUAUAAAUGUAGUAAAACCUACAAGCCAUAGAUUCAUUAUUCACGUUAUAUAUUAAUGUUUAAAAAAUAUGGGUAUAUAAAACUGACAGUCAGGGCUGGUAAAAUAUACAUGAAUAGUUAUUUAAAUGUACCCAAUUUUUUUAAUUUUAGACCGACUCUGUAUACUAUAAAUUGUAUUUUGUAAUAGUGAAUAGACUCAAAUAUAUCAUUUUAUUGUGAGAUUUUUUAAAUAAGUAAGGAAUGUAUACGAAAAAUAAAUGUUGCAUUCCAAACUUAUUUCUAAUUUGUAAAUAAGUUUGCGUUUGUUUUAUCAAUUUUAUAUAAAUCUCGAUAAAAUGGACUAAUUUAAGUUUUCAUUUGCAAGUUAUUAAAAAAAACAUUAUUAUACAUAUAUUAUUUGAAAAUAAUUAACAAAACUUACAUCUCAAUUUAUUAAAGGUACAUUUAUUAAUAAAUAUUAUAUUGAAAAAAUAUUUU